AUGUUACUAAAAGUGUGGUCUUCCGCUGUAACUAAAGGUCUUCCGUUUGUGAGUGGUCAAGUGAUUACUUCGGGGACGAACCCACUUGCGAAGGACACACAAUACGCUGCUAUCAAGCGUUUCCAUCGUGUAAUGGAAAAGUACCUAAAUGAGAGCGGUCAGACUUUCUUUGAUGAUUCCCAACACUUCCUUAACAAUGACAAUGAUGGUGAGAUGAUGGUUGCUGGGUGGAUAGCUGGAGAGGUGCUCAUGCAAGCAAUGAGCACCCGGGUAUGGUUACAGAACAGGUCCACUUUCGUUGCAUCACUGUUUGACCAGCGCCGGUAUNCUCUCCACACAACCUGUGCCUCAUUUCUCUUUGCAUUCUAUUCCCUUCUCUUUUAUUUUUGUACUCUCCCUGCAGUUUCAAGACACAAGCUAUGCACUUCCACACUCCCAAGGCCACAGGUGUGGCACACUGCNGCAUACCUAAAGAAUAAUGGACAAGGUAUCUUCGAUGAUCCCCAACACUUCCUUAAUAAUGACAAUGAUGGUGAGAUGAUGGUUGCUGGGUGG